AUGGAGCUUCUUCAGAACUUUAUGAGCACGCCCAGCGCGAGCGAGAAGGAGGUCAGCGACUCAAUUGCGACGCUCGUGGACCGGCUGUCGCACGCGACGUUAUUGACCGACCGCCGGGCUGCCGUUUUGGGGCUCAAAUCGUUCAGCAGACAGUAUCGAGAGAUUGUCAUUGCCAACGGUCUCAAGAGUCUUGUUGCGACCCUGCACAAGGACGUGCUGGAUCUUGAUAUUGUCAGGGCAGUGCUCGAAACCCUCUUAAUUCUGUUUAUCCGGGGCGAGGGCGACGAGGAUCUAACUAGAAGCUGGAUUAGCCAGCAGACAAGACUCAAGAACGGCAAGUAUCCGUCGCCGAGUUUGGUGCUCGACAACGUGACAGACCAGUUUUCGCUGUGGAUUUUCGACGAGUUGACUCAAUCGGUGAAAAGUUUCGAUAUUCUGGUGGAUCUCGUCGAGGCAGACGAUAUCCAUAUCAAGCUGUACUCGUUGCAACUGCUCCAGGCGUUAUGUUCGACGCGGCCGCUGCGGACCAAAGAGCUCACCCUUAAGUCACCGCUGGCGAUCUCAAAGCUGUGCCAGGCGCUUGACGACCCCUACGAGCCGAUUCGGAACGAGGCAAUCCUGCUGCUGAUGGGCGUCGUCAAGGACAAUUUCCACAUUCAGAAGCUGGUGGUCUUCGAGAACACGUUCGAAAAAUUGUACCGCAUUAUAGAGGACGAGGGCCGCCUUGAGGGUAAUAUCGUCGUUCAGGACUGUUUGUCGCUGAUAGCGAACCUGCUAAGAUACAACGCUAGCAACCAGAAGUUUUUCAUUGAAACCAAUUGCAUGUACAAACUCGCGGAAUUUUUGGACCAGCCUCUGGCCGAGAGCGAGCUGGGUCCGUUUGUGUGGAACGAGCAGCGGCUCCAGAACUUGCUCACCACGCUUGACACAUGCAGGCUGUUUGUGGCCGAAGGAGUGGAGGCCAUUGACGAGGCACAGAGAGCACUUGUAAAGUCAGACGUUCUGAUGCUGAUUUUGCGUUUGGUAUUUUCCAUUAGCAUUCCCAACGUUGUCCGGGUCAAUGCGCUUCUUACUACCGCAGAUAUCAUCCGCUCCAACGCCGAGAUCCAGCUACAGUUCUCCCAGAUCGACGUCCCGUAUAUGGACCCCACGCUGCCCGCUGCAGCACAGAAGAUGGACGAGGUUGUUCCAGUGAUAGAUGCACUGCUGAACUGGUGUCUUUACGCGAACUCUGUCCAUUUAUUUGAUCUACGGAUGGCCUCUGUGGUGGCGCUACAUGCGUACUUCAAGGACAACGCGGACGCCAAAUACGCUUUUUUGAAAGAUCAAAAGUACGAGUUCAACAAGCUCAACGGCGUGCCCGACAGCGAGGACGAACCGGAAGAGGAGGAAGGCGCAAACGGUGAAGCCGAGAAUGAUGCAAACGGCGAGAGCAGGUCGGCCUCGACAACCUUCACCGGAGCUAACCUAUUUGCAACGCUUAUCAACGUUGACAGCGACCUGCAACUGAAUCCUUACAAAAUCUGGUUUGCAUGUUUAAUUUUGAUCUAUGUGUUUGAGAACUACAACGAGGGCCGCGAGCUGGCAAUGUCCGUCCAGAUCGGCAACGCAAGCGCCAACGAGGACGUCCUAAACAUCAUUGAGGCCGUUGGCCAGGCGCUGUGUUCGAGUUUGCGCUUCAAGGACCCGCGUGUCCCAAUUGCCUAUAUGAUGCUAUUGAGCAUCUGGCUCUGGGAGGAUUUUCGAGCCGUGGACCGAUUUUUGCAGGACCCGUCCAUUUUGGACCAGCUGCUUGCGUAUCUGGUUGAGGCAAACGAUGAGAACCUGCUUGCGCAGGGCAUGGUGGUGGUUUUGCUGGCUAUAGUUUACGAAUUUACAAGAAAGAAAUCGCCUGUGAGUCGUCAGCAGCUGAGCUCGUUGCUGAAGAGCCGGGUCGGAGACAAUGCAUUCAGCUUGAAAAUCCAGCAGUUCGAAAAGAGCGAGGCAUUUUCCAACUACGACGAGGAAACUCUGCUGAAUCCAGAGAGAGACGACACGGGGCUGCCGCAGGUGUAUUUCGAUCCAUUAUUUGUGCAGCUGGUGAAGGAGAACUCCAGACGGCUCCGGGGAGCCAUAGGUCACGAUCCCUCGUUUGAGCCUCUAGAAAAGCUCAGCUUCGACGCCUUUGAAACUGUCCAGAACGACUGUCUUUCGCUAGCCAACGAUCUAAAGACUGUUCGCAAGGAGGCAGAUGAGACGAUCGAGAAACAGAAGGCCGAGAUCGAGCGGCUCGUUUCGGAAUACGACGAGCUUGCACAGACGUACGAGUCUACGAAGAGCGAGCUCGAGAAGCUUGAAAAGGACAGAGAGCUGCUGGACACAAACUACGCGAAGAGCUCUGAGGACAUAGGCAAGCUUACGCAGCUCAAGAACGAGCUGGAGCAGAAUCUGUCACAGUUAACCACGCGGCACCAGGAAGCAACUUCCAAGGUGGCCUCGUUGGAAGCAAGCAACAAACAGCUUUCAGAGAAGCUGAACGUUAUUGAACAGCAAAAGAGCAAAGCAGAGGAUGGUAUUAACAAGAUGAGCCGUGAAUUGAUGCAGCUGACAAAGGACAACGAGUCGCAAAGCAAAACGAUAAAAAAAUCUGGAGAAAGAGGCGCAGAAGAUGGCGAAGACGCACGAAAAGCUUCAGCAACAAAUAGCGCAGCAGCAGGAGAAGAUAUCUGGACUAGACUCAAGAAGGGUGACGACAACUACAACGGUCUACGGAAGACGUACGAGGAGACUGUUGGCAAAUUAAAAGCGGCAGAGCAGGAGAUUGAGAGAUUGCGUAGCGGCCAUUUGGAGGCCACUCGGAGCCUUGAGUCGAUAAGAAAGGAGGCAGAGACGUCUACGGGCUCUUUGAGGAAGCAACUUACGAGUUUGACUGCACAGAAGGCCGAAUUGGAGGCAUUGAACGAGGACAUUCAUCGUCAAUUGGAGAACUUGAGUGCAGAGCGAGACGAAAUCCGCAAGGAGGCAGACUUCGAGAGAAAGCGGUUGCAGGAGGAGAAACGGGCACUAGAAAACGAGAAAAGCGAGCUCCAGAAGAGGUGGGAGGAGGAAAAGCAGAAACUUGAGCAGGAGAAAGACGCUCAGAUAAAGGAAUACGAGGAAAAGCUUCGGCAGCUUGAGAGUGUGUCCAAGUCUUCCGCGGCGCUCCAGAGGAGACUCGAACAAGCGACACAAGAAAAGGAGGAGCUGGAGACGACAGUGACGUCCCUGAAGAAGCAGCUUGGCGAGACGAGGGAGCUAAAGAACACGGUCACGGAGGAAAAGAAGUCGCUCGAGUCCACCAUCUCAAUGAUCUCGUUGAAUGUCGAGGCCAAGGACGAAGAGUGUCGUCGGCUGAUGAAGGAAGCAGAGGAAUUAAGGAAGGAGAAGGAGAGGAAACUGGCUGAGUUUUCAGAGCUGGAGAAGAAGCUUGUUGAUUAUGAUUCUGUUAAAAAGGAGCUUGACUCACAUUUGAGCGCGAUCGAGGUUUUGAAAUCUGACUUACAGAAGGAGCAAGCCGAGAAGAAGGAGCUGGUGGCAAUGCACGAGAAAGAAUUGCAGAACUUAAAUUCGGAGUUGAGCGGCAAAGCUGAGGAGAUUGAGCGAGAAAGAGCACUUCUGGCUGGAAAUUCCGAUUCCGUCGUCAAGGAGUAUUCUCAGAAGAUUAGUUCUUUAGAUGAGAAGCUAAAAAAAACCGAGAAAGAGAGGGACGCAGAAGUUUCGAAAUUGAAGGAGCAGGUGAAAUCAUUGUCGAGUGGAAGGCAAGAGUUGUUGGAUUCACAGACGUCCAAGGAAGCAGAACUAAAAAAGUUGCAGGACAGGCUGACAAGCAUGGAGGAGAGUUUGAAGCAGAAGGAGAAUGAUAUCGAGGCAAAAGGCAGCGAGCUUAAUGACCUCAGGGAUAAAAUGAAGGAGCAGCUCCGCGAGCUUGUGGAUCUCAAGAAACAGAUGAAGGAGAGAGAGAAGCUUAAGACAGAACUGUUAGAGUUGGAGGCAUAUCGAGAAAGAACCCAAGAUUACGACGAGUUGCAACAAAGGGUCGCCGAAUAUGAUGAGCUGAAAAGGAAGACUACAGACUACGAAGAACUCAAGAGCAAAGUUGCUGAUCACGAAAAGCUGCAGAGCGACUACACUGAGCUACAGAAGACACUGGAAGAUUACGAGACAUUGAAGUCCAAGGCUGCCGAACACGAGAAGCUGCAGAAACAGGUAGUCGAAUUGGAGCAGAAGCUCAAAGAUGCUAAGAGCAGAGAGGAGGACUUGGUUCCUAGAGGAGAAUUUGAUGACCUAAUGCUGCUCAUGAGCGAGCUAGACGAGAAAAACAAGCAGAUGAAGCUCAAGCUCAAGUCGUUAGGCGAGGAAGUGAGCGACUUUAGCGACGAGUCGGACGACGACGAUGACGAGGAGUAG